ACUCGAAAUAGAAAAUAGAAAAAUGUUCAAAGUAAUUGUUUUGGUUCAAGCUGUUUUAGUACAGGUAAUAACCAGUCAAUGCAUUGGUUACCAAAACAUCUGCCCCCCUCGACCAUGCGACUGUAACGACUUUAAACCCAUCACCCUCAACUCUCUAUCCGCUUCAUCACCGAACUAUUUUACCGUCACCAGCUCAUCACCGAUCGCUCCUACAACCUUGACCAUCACUUCCGAGAAUACCAUCGAAGGUCCACUAUCUAUCAUCGGUGAAAUGCCGUUCCUUGGUGCUGUAGGCUUCGAAGCUGCACUACCUUCUACUGGUCAAGGUGCUGUAGAUUACAGUUGUGGAGGCAAUGUUGGUAUUAUUAGUGAAUACUACGGUCUGGCUCCAGGAUAUUCUGGAUCUUACGGAUCAGGAUCAUCUAAUGGAGCAUCUUCGUCACAUGGCUCAGCUCACGGAUCAUCUUCACAUGGAUCGUCUAAAGGAUCGUCGUCUGCUACAGCAACCGCCGCUGCUACCGCUACAGGAGCGACAUCUUCAGGUGCCACAUCGACGGCAGCGUCGUCUACAUCUGCAUCAACUACCACAUCAUCUGCUGCGGCUGCGUCAUCUGCAGCGGCAUCUUCUAAUUCUGGAGCAGCUGUAAGUACAGCUGCAGCGGCAGCUUCUGCUUCAUCUGGAAGUUCUUCUGGACAAUCAUCUGGACAUUCGUCAGGACAUUCGUCGGGACAUUUGUCAGGACAUUCCUCUGGACAUUCGUCGGGACAUUCUUCUGGACAAUCUGGACAAUCUGGCCAAUCCUCUGGACACCAAUAUGGAAUAACGCAAAUUUCAACUUCGGGUCUUCCAAUUUAUUCAGGUUUUACAUAUCCUUACGGUUAUGUUCAUACUGGAUGUGGAUGUAAGUAAACUAUAAUUGACAUUGAUUGUACUUUUGAAACGGGUUUUGAACAAUAAAUAUAUUCAGCAUUAA